AAUAGGUCACUGGUCUCCUGCAAUGACGCCCCUGUCCGGAGCCCUCUGCGCGGGCCGCAGAAACCCCUUUUCCUGAGAGGUGCACAACACUCGGGUAAAUUAAGCUCAACGCCCCCAGUCUCCUCCCCACUUUGGCUCAGCUCGGUCUCUCCAGGACCCCGCCGAACAACGGAGCCGGAAGGGGCGCCCGUCCUCGUCUCCGGCCCGCACCACCCACUCCAACCUCUUCCCAGCGCCGUGGGAACCUGGUUGAGGAACCCAGGAUGGUACCAAACCGGCCUCGACGAGCCUCUCUAGGAAACUGGGAAUUUCACCUAUCGUUCGCACUCAGUUCACAUUGAUUGGCCUAACAGCGAAAGGACCGGAAGAUGCCCUCAAAAAACGUGGCGGCCAGCUAGCUUCGCGACGGUUGUCUCACUGUCUCAAGAAACCUGGCAUCGGCUUCCGCCACCGCCUGGCCCUCAGAAGGUGACGCCACGCGGCUCACUCUGGUUCCUCGAGAACAACGAGAUCUGCCCUCGAACACAAAAGCUGUGCUGCCACGUUUGGCUGCGCACCCCGGGAGGCGAUGGCUUUCAGGUGGCUUCACGGGGUUGCUCGCCACCCAGCAAGGCGCGGGCCGGCGAUUGGGCACUGCCCGGGGCUCCGCGAAGAAGGCCCUCGGCGAUUGGGCGGCACUGGGUUAGGCUAGUUUUAAAGGAGCCGCAGGUGGGAGCCGUCGAAGACCCGGGUUCGGCGGGAGGCGGCGGCUGCAGCCUGGGAUCCCCCAGGGACUCCCCGGAGCCGCCGCUUCCCCCAUGGACUUGCCCGGGGACUCCAGCCCCCCUGGCCAGCCGCGCCUGUGCCGCCAGCCCCUGACUCGAGCAUCAUGGGGAGCCAGAAGCCCGAAACGGCCGAGGCUACAGCUCCCCGUGGUCCCUUCACCCUUGGAAAAGGCCUCUCGGCGGGUCCUAGCCGUGGUGCUGGAAGAUGUCAUGGCUGCCCAUAUGGUCCCCCUGGUGCCCCAAGAGGAGACCUCCACCCCACCACACCACAGCAACCAUUGGGAUUCUGUUCACCACCAGCUGCCUGCCUCGCCACCCCAACAGGCUACGUGGUCAUCGCAGGCCAGGCCUGCCUAUCCACUGCACUUAUGCCGAGAGCCCUUGAGCCGCAUCAACCGGCCUUCUCCCACCCUGAGGUGUCCAUCAAAGACAACCUCUGGCCCAGAAGAAGACCCUUCACAAGCGGCACCCCAGCCUACUCUGGUGGUGAUGCUAGAAGACAUUGUCAGUCCCAGACCCCCAGCUGAGGUAUGGGAACUUCCGGACUUGGCGGACAAGACUCCCAACUUCAUCGUCCCAGCGAGAAGAGCUGAGUCCAUGAUGAUGAGUCACCAGACAAAGCCUCCGUCCAGGGACCUGGAACCCCCCUUCCAGCCAUCUGCCUUGCCUGCAGACCCUCUGGAGAACCCAUCACCAACCCCAGAUCCGGUUCUGGAAGCCCCAUCGACCCCACCGCCGUCCAGCCUUUUACGCCCUCGCCUCAGUCCCUGGGGCUUGGCUCCCCUCUUCCGUUCUGUCCGCUCCAAGCUAGAGAGCUUUGCAGACAUCUUCCUCACACCCAUCAAAGCCCCACAGCCCCCACCCCCCUCACCCCCCAUGAAGUUGGAGUUGAAGAUUGCCAUCUCAGAGGCUGAGCAGUCCAGGGCUGCUGAGGAUACUGCCUUUGUCAGUCCCCGCCCCCGCCAGUGGCGAGCCCAAGCCCACAAUCCCCCAGCAUCUCCUCCUAAGCCAUCUCUGGGCCGAAGCCACUCCUGCCCUGACCUGGGGCCUCCUGGCUCAGAUACCUGCAGCUGGCCCCCUGCUCCACACCACCCAAGCCGGCCACGGCCUCGACGGCACACUGUGGGUGGUGGGGAGAUGGCUGGAGCCCCGCCACCCCCUCGACCCUGUCUCCGGAAAGAGGUCUUCCCUCUUGGAGGAGUGGGAGGCUCUCCUCCCCUCGGCACAUCUUGUUCGUCCUCUGCAUCCACUUCCUCCUUCUCUGAACCUGCAGAACCCAGGUUGGGCUCGACCAAGGGCAAGGAGCCACGGGCCUCAGAGGACCAAGUGCUUUCUGGCCCCGAGACCAAGACCAUGGGAAAGGUUUCUCGAUUUAGAAUACGCAGGACACUGGCCCGUCCUCAACUAAACCUUACACCAAUGGGGCUGCCUCGACCAAUCAGGUUGAACAAGAAGGAGUUCAGCUUGGAAGAAAUUUACACCAACAAGAAUUAUCAGUCACCUACAACCAGGAGGACAUUUGAGACCAUCUUUGAGGAACCCCGGGUGCGCAAUGGGACUCUGAUAUUGACCAGCUCGAGGAAGCUGCGGCGGGCUAUGGAGUUUCGGGACAGCAGCCUUCCUCGAUCCCGGCGGCCGUCUCGUGGGGUCCGAGCUGCUGCUGGCAGGACCCUUACUCCCAACUUGGCCCCCGGCCCAGAUGUGGGACCCCUGUUGCAGCAGCGGCUGGAGGAGCUGGAUGCCUUGCUCCUGGAAGAGGAGGAAGUGGAUUAGGGAGCAGCCCCAUCCGACCUAGGAGCUCCAUCUGUUUAUCUGUACAUCCAUCCUGGAGGGAAGGGAAGCCUCUAAGACCAUUUUAUUUUUUUUUCCUCUGUAUUUCUAGUAAAGUUUUUGGUAUGUUUCUGA